AUGAGCCGUGGAGGUCGCGGCGCCGGCAGAGGAGGUACCCGGGGAGGGCGGUCAAGUGAUAGAUCGGAAGAUAGGGGUAGUCGUUUUGGUGCACCCCGUGGUCGAGAUGGCGGCAGAGGGGGAAGAGGUGGUGGCGGCUUUGGAAAUCGCGGCGGAGGCGCUCGUGAUGAUUUUAGAAGCUUUAAGAAUGACCAACCGGGCGGUAAUUUACGAAAGAUCCGUUGGGACACGGUAACACUGACCCCAUUCCAGAAGAACUUUUAUGUACCUCAUCCAAAUGUCCAAAAGCGUUCACCAGCCGAAGUCGAGGCAUAUCGUAGUGAAAACCAGAUUACGGUCAAAGGGCGGGAUGUGCCGGCGCCCAGUAUAUAUUUUGAGGAAGGUGGAUUCCCAGAUUAUGCUAUGAGGGAAAUCUUGAAACAAGGCUUUCCUCAUCCUACACCAAUCCAGGCACAGGGCUGGCCCAUAGCCCUGUCUGGCCGAGAUUUAGUUGGAAUAGCUCAAACUGGCUCUGGAAAAACUUUGGCAUAUAUUUUGCCAGCUAUUGUACAUAUUAUUAACCAACCUAGGCUGUUGAGAGAUGAGGGGCCCAUAGUACUUGUUCUGGCUCCUACUAGGGAGCUUGCACAGCAAAUUCAACAGGCUCUGAUUGCUAUGAACGGGACCGCAGCAGACAUGACAGAUCCCAACGACGGUGACAUAGUCGCAACAGACUUCGGUCAAAAUGUUCAAGUUCGCAACACAUGUAUAUUCGGUGGGGCCCCCAAAGGACCCCAAGGUCGUACUUUAGAACGUGGUGUUGAAAUUGUCAUUGCCACCCCUGGAAGAUUGAUUGACUUCUUAGAAAAAGAUACAACCAACCUACGUCGCUGCACAUAUUUAGUAUUGGAUGAAGCAGACAGAAUGCUGGAUAUGGGCUUUGAGCCGCAAAUUAGGAAAAUCAUUGAGCAAAUUCGGCCAGACAGACAAGUGCUUAUGUGGUCAGCGACUUGGCCUAAAGAGGUCCAAAACCUGGCUGAAGAGUUUCUACAUGAUUACAUCCAAAUUAACAUUGGUUCGCUGAGUCUCUCUGCGAACCAUAAUAUCCUGCAAAUUGUUGAUGUGUGCGAGGAGUGGGAGAAGAAUGAUAAGUUAUUGACACUUCUCAAUGAGAUAUCUUCUGAGGAAGAAACGAAGACUAUAAUUUUCGCUGAGACAAAGCGAAAGGUGGAUGAAAUCACCAAAACUAUAAACCGAGCCGGCUGGCGAGCAUUAGCUAUUCACGGAGACAAGAAUCAGCAAGACCGUGACUAUGUCCUCGGACAAUUCCGACAGUCGAAUGGCGGCAUUCUGGUCGCCACUGAUGUCGCAGCUAGAGGCCUUGAUGUGGAGGAUGUGAAGUUUGUGAUAAACUACGACUAUCCAAACAAUUCUGAGGACUACGUUCAUCGCAUUGGACGUACAGGACGCUCCCAGAACACCGGCACAGCUUAUACACUUUUCACGCCCACUAACUCUGCUAAGGCCAAGGAUCUCAUGUCUGUGUUGCAAGAAGCAAAUCAAGUUGUAAACCCAAGGCUGUUGGAGCUAGCUCAGUGUGGGAUGGGCUUUAAGGGAAAGUAUGGGCGCGGGCGGUUCCGCGAGCGCGACGACAGCGAGCGUGGCGGGGGGGGCGCGGGCGCGGCCGCGGCCGUGGGGGACGUUUCGGUGACCGAGGCUCAAGAUGGGAUGAAAAUGGCGGCUCAGGUGGCUACAACCAAGGCUCUGGCUUCAAUAAACGUCCGGACUAUAAUAACCGUCAGGACAGCUACAACAACCGUCAGGACAGUUCCAACAAUCGUCAAGACAAUGGCACCGCUCGACAGAGCUUUGGUAACAGGGAUGGUGGAUUCAAUCGAGAGAAUUCCGGAGGCUUUAGAGGUCGAGGUGGCCAAAGGGGAAGAGGCCGUGGAGGCUCCAGCUACAACCAGAACGAUUCUCAAGGUUACCAGAAUCAGAGCCAGAACUUUAAUGUACCCCCACCCACUUCGUAUUAUAACAUGUAUUCUCAACCUCCCCCGCCCCCCGCUGCUAAGUUUGGAGCCAAGUAAAACAACAUGGGUUGUUUUCUUAGCAUUAUUGAAACAGCCUAUACUUUGUGCGACAAUUUUAAAGUAG